AUGAAGUUUCCUUCAGACAUGUGUAGACGUCUAGGAUUAGUUGGUUCAGAUAAUGGAUUGAUUUGCUUAUCACUUAAGACCGAAUACAAUGGCGUCAUUUCUGCACACCGGAAUAAGUUGGCAAACAAUGAAAGUUUAUGCAUAUGUAAUCCCAUCACUAGAGAAUUGGUGACACUUCCAGGAACAUUGAAAAUAGUGGAUGGUGUUCACGUUCUGGCUGGAUUCAGCUACCACCCUUUAACUAACGAGUAUAAAGUUGUUAGAAUUUGUUAUGCAGGCAACCCGGAAAGCCCCUCCUACAAAGGUCAUGCAGAGGUAUAUACAAUUGGAAGUGGCUGCGGUUGGAGAAGUGUGGGAGAAACCGACUUUAAGCACAAGUACAUCGGAGAACCUACAUGUGUUUGUGUUAAUGGGGCUCUUCAUUGGCUCUCUGAUGAUUCCGUAGAUAUUAUGGUCUUUGAUUUGGCGGAGGAGAAGUUCCACUUGCUCCAUGCCCCAAUCGAGGAGAUACAUGACUUUAGAAGAAUCUAUGUCAUGAGACGGUGUUUGUGUUAUGAAUACUAUGACCAUUCCGAUGAACUGCUGCGGUUGUGUUUUUUAGAGAAGAAUAAUGAGGAGGAGGAUAUUAUUAGUAGUUACUACGUGAAUGCGCAGUAUUACAAGUCAUGGAGUUGGAACAAAGAGUUCACAGUGCUGCCAAACCGAUUUCCGACGAAAUAA